ACGGAUGUGUGAAAAAGUCAAUAUUUUGUGUAUACGCAAGUUAUUUUUAAAAUUGGAUUUAUUUUUUUUCUUGUAUAUCAGUGUUUAAGACAAGGACAAAUGUCGAAAUAAACAGGUACACGUGCACUUAAUGACAUUUGUCUAAUAUCUCUUUUUUUAUUAAGACUCACUAAUAAUGGAUUCAAAAUACCAAGAAAUAGGUAAUUCUAGUAAAUAUGAUAUUUUCGCCAACUUUCGGUCUAAACAUAGUUCAACGUCUAAUAUUAAAAUAAAUGGUGUACAUAACCAAACAAAUUCAAGUGGUUCUAAAAAAGCAAAAUUAAAUCAUGCAAAUUCCAAUAAUUGCAAUGGAUUUACGCCUUCGGAACGGCAGCAGACUGUGUGGCCUGCUAAAAUGAAUAAAGGCCUCCAGGAAGCGCGUAAACUGUUGCCAGUUUAUAAUGUUAGAAACAAAUUAGUCGAACACAUUGCUAAGAACCGGACUACAAUCGUGUUAGGUGAAACAGGAUCAGGUAAAACAACUCAAAUACCUCAGUAUUUAUGGGAAAUGGGCAUAUCAAAUGGAGGUGCAAUUGCAAUAACACAACCCAGACGAGUUGCAGCCAUCACUAUUGCUCAACGAGUGGCCCAGGAACAAAAUUGCCCUCUUGGAGACCUGGUUGGAUAUAGUGUAAGAUUUGAAGAUGUGUCUUCUAAAAAAACUCGAAUAAAAUACAUGACUGAUGGUAUAUUAUUGAGGGAGGCUUUACUUGACAAAUUGCUUAUGAAAUAUAGUAUAUUAAUCCUUGAUGAGGCUCAUGAACGCUCUAUUAACACUGACUUGCUGUUUGGAAUUGCUAAGAAGGCUCAAGAAAUUAGAUCGAAACCUCCUUUACAACCUUUGACACUGAUUAUCAUGUCUGCCACUGUGAAUGUUCAAAGCAUUGAAGACUAUUUUGGACAAGAUUGUAUUCCAAUUAUUCUUACUGGUCGAUCAUACAAAGUAAAUACAAUGCAUGUAAAAAGCUCUCAAGAUGAUUAUGUUUUUACAUGUUUAGUAACUUUAUUCGACGUGCACAAGAAGGCACCUGCAGGGCAUGAUGUUUUAAUAUUUUUAACAGGACAAGAGGAAAUUGAGGCAAUGGUGCAGUACAUAAGACAAAUUGCUAAAGAUAACAAUUUCAAUGGUCGUCCUACUUUGCGUGUGUAUCCAUUUUAUUCAAAUUUACCUCAGAUGAAGCAAUUGGAAUUAUUUAGACCAACAGCUCCUAAUUCACGAAAAGUCAUUGUUAGUACUAAUGUUGCAGAGACUUCUUUGACGAUUAAUGGUAUUAAAUAUGUUAUAGAUAGUGGUAAAGUGAAGACAAGGGCACAUGAUUCAAUGACGGGUCUUGAAAAGAUGAAAGUAACGACUAUAUCAAAAGCACAAGCUUGGCAACGUGCAGGUCGGGCUGGUCGUGAAUCAGAAGGUACUUGUUAUCGAGCAUAUACUUCAAAGCAGUUUGAAGAAAUGCCUGAAGACCCAAUUCCUGAAAUUCUUAGAGCUAACAUAACUACCACUUUGUUACAAUUACUAGCUAUGAAGAUUGAUAUUGAUAGUUUUGAUUUUAUAGACAGACCGAGCAAUGAAAGCAUUGCUUAUGGAUUGAAACAGUUAUAUAUGUUAGGUGCUAUUAAAGAUGUCAAUUGUCCAGUACUUACAGAACUAGGUAGACAAAUGUCUCAGUUUCCUCUAGAUGCUAGAUUUAGUAAGCUUUUAUUAAGUGCUCCAGAAUUUGGUUGUGUGGAUGAAAUUCUAAGUCUUGUAGCUGUAAUGUCUUCUGAAUCCGUCUACAAUUUACCUCAAGAAAAUCGGGAUAAACAUUUAGAAAACCACAGGAAAUUUGAAUCUCCACACGGUGAUCAUUUAUCACUUCUGAAUGUAUAUAGGGAGUUCCAAAAUAAAGGAUUCCGAAAACUUUGGUGUUUUGAAAAUAGUUUAAUCGCUCGCAACUUGCUUUAUGCCAAAGAAAUUCGAGCACAACUCAGUGAUAUUUGUGACAAAUGCAACAUACCAAUGUCCAGUUGCGGCACAGACACUGACCAGGUAAGAAAGUGUCUUUUAACCGGCCUGUUUGGCAACACAGCAGAAAGACAGAGGGACAAGAAAUACAUAACUCUAUUGAGCAGACAAACGGCAUAUUUACAUCCUUCCAGCAACCAAUUGUCUCAACAACCACAAUUUGUUAUAUAUUCAGAAAUUGUACAAACCAGCAAAACUUAUUUGAGACAAAUUACACCAAUUGAACCCGAAUGGUUAACGGAAGUUGUGCCGAAUUGGAGAAGUUAUAAAAGUCACUAAUAUACUAUUACUUGAGACAGUAGAGUGAUGUAGCAAAUGUGAUAUGAAAUAGUGAGAUAAAUGUGAUUUAGAAUGCAUUUUUCAACACUAAAUUUUGUGAUAACUGUUAAGUGACUCUCUACAAUUUGAGUAGUGACUGAUAUUUAAUUAGUAUAAAAUGAAUUGCAAUGUCGAAUAUAAUUAGAAGCUGUUAGCUUAAUAGAACAGACUUAUUUACUGAACCAUUUUGUGCAGUUGAGAGAAUAAGAUUCUCAAUCGUUAUAAGAUUUUUGUGUAUGUUGCAUUUUUUCUUUGUGUUUAAGUAAU